AUGACGUCAUUUUCCGUCCUAUUCCCCGGCGUUAUCUGUAUAUUUUUGUUGGGUUUCAUCUAUUUUUCCGGCAAUGUCAUCGCUACCACUGAAUUCGACUUUGGAACCUUGACUCUGAGUAGUUUAAAGCUCAUCGGCGAUGCCCACUUGAGCAAUGGGAGCGUGAUGCUCACCCGUGACCUCGCCGUUCCUAACUCCGGUGCCGGGAAAGUUCUAUAUUCCAAACCCGUAAGAUUUCGGCAACCUGGGAGUAAUGCUCCGGCCAGUUUUUCAACAUUCUUCUCGUUCUCAGUCACCAAUUUGAAUCCAUCUUCGAUCGGCGGUGGACUCGCUUUCGUCCUCUCGCCGGACGACAUGUCGCUCGGCGACGCCGGAGGAUACCUCGGAAUCAUGGACCAAAUGGGCACCCAAAACGGUGCUUUAGCGGUUGAGUUUGACACUCUAAUGGAUGUUGAAUUCAAGGACAUUAACGGAAACCAUGUGGGUGUGGAUCUAAACUCCAUGGUUUCCACACAGAUUGGUGAUUUGGAGACCAUUAAUGUGGAUCUCAAAAGCGGUGACCUGGUUAACUCGUGGGUCGACUACUCCGGCUCAACUGGGUUCUUCAACAUAUCGGUCUCAUACUCUAAUCUCAAGCCCAAAGAGCCACUCUUAUCAUUCACUCUUGAUCUUGAUCAAUAUGUGAACGAUUUCAUGUUUGUUGGGUUUUCUGGGUCGACUCAGGGAAGCACCGAGAUCCACAGCAUUGAGUGGUGGAGUUUUAGCUCUUCUUUUGAUACGACAUCGAAAUCCGGGGGAUCAUUGUCAUCCUCGUCAACACCUCCGCCUCCAACGGCUAGUUUGAUGAACCCAACGGCCGAUUCUGUAAACUCACCACCACCUUCAUUGGCACCAUCUGAAUCUAAUAGAAGUUCUACAUUACAUGAAAAGACUAGUGGUAGUAAGUGUCAUAACCAAUUGUGUAAACAAGGUCCAGGGGCUGUUGUUGGGGUUGUAACAGCUGGGGCUUUCUUUUUAGCCUUUUGUGCUCUGGGUCUCAUAUGGUUAUACUCCAAAAAAUUCAAGAAUGUGAAAAAGUCUGAAACUUUGGGAUCGGAGAUCAUCAAAAUGCCGAAAGAAUUCAGCUAUAAAGAGCUCAAAUUAGCCACAAAAGGGUUCAAUUCAACACAGAUUGUUGGGCAUGGUGCUUUUGGGACAGUGUAUAAGGGGAUAUUACCCGAUAAUGGUGACAUUGUGGCGGUGAAGAGGUGUAGUCAUAGUGGACAGGGGAAGCAAGAGUUUUUAUCAGAAUUGUCCAUAAUUGGUACUCUUAGGCAUCGAAAUCUUGUUAGGCUUCAAGGUUGGUGCCAUGAGAAAGGCGAAAUUUUGCUAGUUUAUGACUUGAUGCCUAAUGGGAGUCUCGAUAAGGCAUUGUUUGAAUCCAGAAUGACUUUGCCAUGGCCUCAUAGGCGAAAAAUUUUGAUGGGUGCUGCCUCUGCUUUGGCUUAUUUACAUCAAGAAUGUGAAAAUCAGGUAAUUCAUAGGGAUGUGAAGAGUAGUAACAUUAUGUUAGAUGAAGGGUUCAAUGCAAGGUUGGGUGAUUUUGGGUUGGCAAGGCAAAUUGAGCAUGAUAAGUCACCGGAUGCGACGGUGGCUGCCGGAACAAUGGGGUACUUGGCUCCUGAGUACUUGUUAACAGGACGGGCUACUGAGAAAACUGAUGUGUUUAGCUACGGAGCUGUGGUACUUGAGGUGGCUAGUGGAAGGAGGCCAAUUGAGAAAGAAGUUACUGGGGUAGGCAAAUUUGGUGUUAGUACUAAUUUGGUUGAGUGGGUUUGGAGUUUACACAGAGAAGGGAGGUUGUUAAUGGCUGCUGAUUCAAGGCUUGAUGGAGAGUUUGAUGAGGGAGAGAUGAGGAAGGUGUUGCUUGUUGGAUUGGCUUGUUCUCAUCCUGAUCCAAUGGCUAGACCCACAAUGAGGGGUGUGGUUCAAAUGUUGGUGGGUGAGACAGAAGUCCCUGUUGUUCCAAGAACAAAGCCUUCUAUGAGUUUCAGCACCUCUCAUCUGCUACUAAACUUGCAGGACAGUGUGUCUGACUUGAAUGGUAUGAUCACCAUCUCCACCUCCUCAUCGGAGCAGAGCUUUAAUGGCGGUAGUGUGGUGGACCUAGUCUGA